AUGAUGUGCUUUGAUCCAGCUUGUGGUGGUGUGCCACCAACGUUCUACGAAACGUAUGUGAGGCAGAUACAGGACACCAUUGUCGAAAAUGCUCGCAAUGAGUUCCGAGCAAUUUGGACUUGCAACCAGCGUGGCAUCUCAAAAGUGCAGGCAACGAAGCUGAUCUCCAGUAAGAUUAAUGGCUUGCAGGAUGCGAUCAUGGAGCAAUUCAUCAGCAUGUGCAGCUCAGAGCGGGAGAGGCUUGUCAGACAAGUACUUGAGCUUGCAGUUCCUCCUGUGAUGCUUCAGCAUCUCACUGUGGAGUGCAUUUUACAGCGCAUACCCAGCAAUUACAUGGCUGCUGUGGUAGGCGCAUGGGUGGCAUCUCGCUUUGUGUACAGUCAGGGAGUGGAUGCUGCCGAAGUCUCCUUUUUUUUCUUUUUGCGCAACUUGCUGAGCAAGGCGCCAGCGCAAAGUAUAGCAAAGUAGUAAGGGAAAGAUCCCGGUUCCAAUGUGGUUCGAGGGACCUUUUGGCAGAAGGGGCUGCUUUUGGUGUGGCAUGGAGCCUCACAAGUUUUGCCACGGGAUCAAAGAUGUGUUUUAAAACUCUUGGGCUGUCAGGGACUGGAGAAUUUCAGUAUACUUUUGCCAUCUUUUGCCUUUUGAU